AUGCUGGACCCGUCCUCCAGCGAAGAGGAGUCGGACGAAGGGCUGGAAGAGGAGAGCCGCGAUGGCGGCGGCGGCGCAGCCAGACCCGGGAGUCCUAGCCCCUCAGUGCUGAGCGAGGGGCGAGACGAGCCCGAGCGACAGCUGGACGAGGAGCGGGAGCGACAGAUCCGCCUGCAGCUCUACGUCUUGGUAGUGCGGUGCAUCGCAUACCCCUUCAACGCCAAGCAGCCCACCGACAUGGCCCGGAGGCAGCAGAAGCACGCGGGCAGCGGCUUGCGGCGGAUACGCCCUCUGCCCCUGGUUGGCAGGAGCUAUCAGCUCGCCAUCCGUGAGACCCAGGGCGCCCUCGGUGCUGGCGUUGCACCCGGCACCGUCAGCUGUGUUCGGAUCAGAAUGCAACUCCCAGCAACUUUAAUUUCUAACAGCACCCCUCCCACCUCGCCAGGCUGGGGAUUGCAGAAACUGGGUUUUACCGUGUGUCUGAAAGAAUGUGUCGCUAGAUGA